UGGUAAACAGGACAGAGUUUUUGAACCCAAAGGACUAUGCAGAAAUUUUGUUGCUAGCUACUCAUACUAUCAGUCAGCAAGGUACUUUCUUCCCGCUCGAUCAGAACAGGUCAAUUCUGCCGAUUUUCACAGAAGUUGGAAUAUGUUCUGUUAUCAAUCCGUAUGUUGGGAUUUAUUACACACCAGAAUACUUUAACAAUACUAAAAUCGAUAAACACAAGUUUGAAGCUAUCCUUUACAAUACGACCAAAGAAACAUCUAUGAGUCUGAGAGUCACUAAAAAUAUCGCGGGUGAAUAUAAUUUAUACGUACACUCUCCGAACGACGUGGUGAAUUACGAAAGCAAAAACAUCACUUGUUUUCACGCUAAAGCUACAACCGUGAAAGUCAACACUAUCAACGUCCACACCACUAAAGCCGUAAAAGAUCUGGCCAUCAGUCAGCGGUACUGCAAGCUGAAUUCUGAAAAUGAAGGACUUAAACAUAGUCCCAUCUAUAGCUACAGUAUGUGUAGGACUGAUUGCAGGAUUCAGAUAUGUCACAGUCGGUGUGAUUGUACCCCGUACUAUUACAGAAGAGCCAAAGAGCCAAUUUGCAACCUGCAAGGAAUGUUAUGCAUUGCAAAGUUGGAUGUAAUGUUGAGAACUCUUCGAGAUCCGAAAACGAACAAGACCAUGUGCAGUUGUAUGCAAGAUUGCGACAGUAGUCUGAUAAUUAUCGACCUUGUUCAGUCUAAAGCUUGGUUUCAAGAUACGUUGCUCACUGUGCAGAUAGACACCUUGACUCAACCUAGAUACGUCAGGAAGCUGCUAUUUUCAAAAAUGGACAUCCUAGUUCAACAAGGCGGGAUAUUCGGACUCUGUUUGGGAUGCAGUAUUUUGAGCAUAAUUGAAAUCGUUUACUUUACGACUCUACGAUUUUUCUGGGGCGCAAUUAAGAAAAUAAGAAGCUUUUCCAUUUGUCUAUUUUCUUGCCGAGCUCCACCAUCUAUCAAAAUAAAACACGUCUUUGCUUCAGAAGUUCCCACACGUACAAGCCUCAAAGCAAGAUCAUCACCUUCUUGA